GCAGUGCAGAACAAAGAGACAUAGCAGUCGUGAAAGGCUGCUGGAGACUUUCUCAGGCACCAACGUUGGACAUUCGGUGGAUUGACCUGCACAAUGUGCACGGGGCAGUGCUCACGAUGCAUCGGCCUGAUGCUGCUUCCGCUGGCUUUUAGCUGCAUUGUAGCAAAUAUACUGCUCAUAUUCCCCAACGGUGAGAGAGAUUGGGUCGAUCAUAUCACCUUGCAGGUCUGGCUGAUGGGAGGAAUUGUCGGAGGUGGACUUUUUAUCCUGUGCCCUGGCUGUGCUGCCAUUCGUGCUGGAGGGAAAGGUUGCUGUGGAGCCGGUUGCUGUGGCAACAGAUGUCGGAUGCUGCGAUCUGUGUUCUCUUCCGCGUUUGGGGUGCUGGGCUCCUUCUACUGCCUGGUUGUGUCUGCAACAGCGCUGCGGAAUGGCCCGCUGUGUCUUGUCGAGUCCAGAGGUUGGGAUUACCCCUUCCAGAACCUUCCGAAUGGGACUAACUAUCUGACGAACCAGACUCUGUGGAAAAUCUGUACUAAGCCCGAUAACAUUGUGAUGUGGAACGUGGUCCUCUUCUCCAUUUUACUUGCGGCCAGUGUGAUCGAGCUGGUGUUAUGCGGCUUUCAGAUCAUUAACGCAGCCAUUGGGGUGUUCUGUGGAGACUGCAGGAAGAAAAAGAGGAAAUACGACGAUGAUCAGUAAUGUUCAGACCCAGAGAGGUGACCAUGUAGAAUUUAGCCCAGCAACCUGACAUGUCUUCAUGAUCCCAGCAGUAGGCUUACUCCUCCCCCUACUGUCCUAGUUCUACGUUUCAACGGUAUUGGUUUGUGAUGACUCUAGAAGAUGAUACCCUACAGCCAUGGAAACAAGACUUCUGACCGAGGAUCCAUCUCCAAAUUUACCACAUCUAACCAGAGGCUGAAUCACUCAAACAUUAUUCCUCACUACCUUAGAGUGGAUGUUCCCUCCACUGCUCUGCCUUCUCCACACUCCUCAUUUCCAUUAUUUUUCUUGCUCAUCCACUUACUUUUAUCUUCCAGUGUCUCUAGUGUUUCUCCUUCCUUUCUUCUGUUCUGUCUUCCUCCCUCCCUCUGUCUCUCUGUCUUUUUCUUUCUCCCUCUCCCUCUAUCCUGUUAUGUUUCGUAACUUCAAAACAUUAAAUUAAUUCAAAAGAAGACACAGUCCAAAAUGUGAGUCUAACUUUGAGUUUCCUUUAAGCGAGGCUUGCACGUAUCAUAUGGUAGAGUGAUAUUGUAUGCAAUUCAAGUAUCUGUACAUAUAACCAGUAAUCAAUUAUUUAAAUUCACAAGAAUGCUUAAACAAACAAUAUACAUACAUAGUUACUUAAAUACUACUGAUACAUCAAAUACACACAUCCCUCCCUCUCUCCAUCUCUCCAUACAUGUCCAGAGUACAAAUGUUAUGAAGAUUACUUUCUAACAGCAGCAACAGAACAGUACAUUAAAACAUAAGUUAACACAAACUUAAAUGGGUGUAAAUUACGCAUAACUUAUGUAACAAAAACAAGCAAAAUAAAAUGACAAGGCUAGAAUCGUCGACUGUACUUUUUUCCAUCGCUGCUGCCUGGCCUGCUGAGUUCCUACAGCAUUUUGUGUGUGCUGGGCCGAGUCGCUCCAGCAUUUUGUGUAUGCUGCUCACACAUAGACUUGUUCAGAUCUGGAACACAAUCCCUGACAGGGUUGUGAAGGCAUAGAAUCUCCCAACACUUAAGACCAUAAAACUAUAACAAAAUCUGCACAUCAACUCUUGUCUGCAAUUGUGUUCACUCACAAUCCUCAGUAGUAGAGUGCUGGAUUUUCAAUCCAACGACCUGAGUUCAAUUCCUAAUUGAGUCACUUCCCUUACAAAUAUAACCAUAUAACAAUUACAGCACGGAAGCAGGCCAUCUCGGCCCUUCUAGUCCAUGCCGAACUCUCACCUAGUCCCACCGACCUGCACUCAGCCCAUAACCCUCCAUUCCUUUCCUGUCCAUAUAUCUAUCCAAUUUAACUUUAAAUGACAACAUCGAACCUGCCUCAACCACUUCUGCUGGAAACUCAUUCCAGACAGCUACCACUCUCUGAGUAAAGAAGUCCAGCAAUGACUUGGCCUCCACAGCUUCCUGUACCCACACAGAUUCACCACUCUCUGGCUAAAAAAAUUCCUCCUCCCACCCUGAGCCAAUAGGCUGGUCCUGGACUUAUUUCCUGGCAUAAGUUACAUAUAAUUAUUUAAUUAUGUAUGGUUUUAUAUUGCUAUAUUUAUACUCUAUUCUUGGUUGGUGCAACUGUAAUGAAACCCAAUUUCCCUCGGGAUCAAUAAAGUAUGACUAUGACUAUUUCCAUUCUAAAUGGACAUCCCUCUAAUCUGAGGCUGUGUCCUCUGGUCCUAGACAGCCCUACAGUAGGAAACAUCCUCUCCACAUCCACUUUAUUGAAGUGUUUCAACAUUCGAUAGGUUUCAAUGAGAUCCCUUCUCAUUCUUCUGAAUCCUAGUGAAUACAGGCCCAGAGCCAUCAAAUGCUCCGCAUAUGACAAGCCUUUCAAUCCUGAAAUCAUUUUUAUGAAACUCCUUUGAACCCUCUGCAAUGUCAGCACAUCCUUUCUUAGAUAAGGGGCGCAAAGUAUCUGGAGAAACACAGGUCACAAGGCAGAGAAGUACUCAGACCAAAUUCUGGUAAAUGGAACUAAUGUUGAUGGUCAGCAUGGAUUCAAUUCGCAAACACGAGGAAAUCUGCAGAUGCUGGAAUUUCAAGCAACACACAUAAAAGUUGCUGGUGAAUGCAGCAGGCCAGGCAGCAUCUCUAGGAAGAGGUAAAGUCGACGUUUCGGCCGAGAUCCUUCGUCAGGACUAACUGAAAGAAGAGCUAG